AUGAAUGAUGUACCUGUUAUGAAUGAUGUGCCAAUCAUAGAUGACCAAUAUGAUGAGCCAGUUAUGAAUAAUGAUCCAGUUGUAGAUGAUGAAUAUGAUUAUGAUGUGGAGGUGAACAUGAUCAACUUCUGUAGUGUACUUGAUGAAGACAUUGACUUGGGCCAGCUUGAUCCGACAAACAAUAAUACUAAGGAACAUGAAGACAUUGAAGAUGAACGUUUAGAAGUCUUAGACAAUGAUGUAUUUGAGUCAUUUGCUAGUGAAAAAGAGCCUAGGAAGAAAUUGUUAAGGUCCAUUCUAAAACCAGUUGCUUGUUCAUCUGGUGAGGUUCACACUAAAGCUUUUAAGAUUGGUCAGACGUUCAAGGAAAAGGAAAAAAUAAGAGAAGUUAUUGCCAACUACUCUGUAAAAGAAAGGAGGGAUCUACAUUAUGUAAAGAAUGACAAGACAAGAGUUAGGGUAAAGUGUAGGGGUAUUGUUCCUGAAUUGACUGGUGACAAUCGGCAAAAGGGAAUCUUGGCUGCAAUAGAGAAGUUAUUUCCAUCAGCUGAGCAAAGGGCUAUGGAGAAACUGAAAAAGCUUAACCCAGAAGCACAUGAGUGUUUAAGUAAAAUUCCUGCAAAACACUGGGCAAGAUCCCAUUUCUCUGGAAGGGCAUUGACUGAUAGUUUAACAAAUAACUUGUGUGAGAAUGGGUCAGAAUGUGGAGAUCCUGAGGCUUGGGUGAGCAAAUGUUACUGGCUCAGUACAUGGAAUGCUAUGUACCAACACACAAUUGACCCAAUAAAUGGAAGGAGCAUGUGGCCUAGAUCUGAUUGUCCAACAACCCUUCUCCCACCCAAACAUCACAAACAGGUUGGUAGGCCAAAGAAAAAAAGGAAGAGGGCAGUUGAUGAGCCAACUCAAAGUACCAAACAAAGUAGCCAUUUCACCAUCAUCAAUCUUGCUUCGAGAUUGUUUCUUCCACGCAACAACCCUGGAAUCACAACAGUUGACCUAGGGCACAUGGGAGGGUCGAACCAUCCAAAAAAGCUGCAUGUUCCUCCUAACCUUGAGCAUGACCAAAAUCGACGACCUGGGUUCAAGUCAGUCCACGAUGUCACCAAAAUCGCCGGCCUUCCACAGUGGCAUAUCACCAUCUUCUUCAAUUUUGGAAUAGAAUGUGAGUAG